CGCUUCCUAGGGCACCAUGUAUGACGACGAUGACACCACGUUUUCGCUGGUGUCAACAGCGUCGGUGACGGAUGCGACGAGCGUCACGACGCGGACAGAGCUCGAGAAUGCGGACGACGACAUUGAUUUCGAAAUCGACGACGCCACGAGCGACUUCGAGAGCGGCUGGGAGGUUUCAUCAGGGCCGUCCACCUCCGUGCCCCCGAGCGUUUACGAAGACGAGAUCGCCUACGGCCGGCGCUAUCAUGGCUUCCGCAGAGGCAUCUAUCCCAUGCCGAAUGACGAGGUCGAGCGUCACAGAGAGGAAACAGUCCACGCCCUGUUUCUCCAGCUAAUGGGCGGGCAUUUGUUCUAUGCCAACAUUGGCGAUUACCCCCAGAAAAUCAUUGACAUCGGAACUGGCAUUGGCAUUUGGCCCAUAGAUGUCGCUGAUCAGCAUCCAAGCGCAAGCGUCAUUGGCACUGACCUUUCACCCAUACAACCACCAUGGGUGCCUAUCAACGUGCGCAUGUUUAUAGAGGAUAGCGAGGAGCCCGAGUGGCUCCACGGAUCAGAUUUCGACCUUGUACACUUCCGACAAAUGACUCAUGUGUUUCGAAACCUUCAGGGCCUUCUCACCAAGAUAUAUCCACAUGUCAAGAAUGGUGGCUGGGUGGAAUUCCACGAACUCAUUUUUGAAAUCCGGUGCGACGAUGGAUCUAUGAAAGAAGACGACCCCCUUCGAGUGUUUAUCGAGACGAUGAAAAAUGGCUUGCGAGUUUACGGCAUCAAUAUUCUUACCAUCAAUGAGCUUGAGCAGAUUCUUGGAGAAGCUGGAUUCACAAACGUCCACUGCAUCACAAAAAAGGUGCCGAUAUCGACCUGGCCGCGCGACAAGACACUGCGAGCUCUAGGCGUUUUCAUGAAAACAACCAUUAACGAUUCUCUUGGAGCCAUGGCCGCGAAACCCCUGGCAGCCCUCAACCUCUCUCCAGCACAACGAGUGGCCAUGCUGGAAGCAGCGCGAGAGAGCCUGGACGACACCUCGAUCCAUCGUUACAUCAACUGCUGUGUCUGUUACGCGCAAAAGAGAGAAGGCCACUAUGCCGAGACCCUCUACUGA